AACCACCUCCCCUCAAUGAGAAUAUCGUCGUGAUGGCCGAUGAAGAUGAACAACAACAACAUGGUCAGCUGAAGCUCAACUCGGUAUUGGGCUCUUUUCCAACACUAGUACCAGAACUCCAGGGCCCUGAGGCCAAUGCGUUGCAGUACAAAAUUAAGAAUUCAAUUUGCAAGUCUGUCCAGUCAAAAGUGGACAACAUAUUGCAAGAUGUUGAGAAGUUUACAGACAUCGAAAAACUCUACCUCUACUUGAAGUUGCCUUCUGGUCCCAGCAAUGGCAAUGAUAAAAGCAUCGCUAGGACUGAGAACCAGAGAGCCUCCACUCCGGGACUAUGUGACCAGAGUGGCAUGUCGUCCAGCCGAACACAGCAGAUGUACGCUUUCAACUGGAUCCGCAAUCACCUAGAGGAGCACCCUGAGACAUCACUGCCAAAGCAAGAGGUGUACGACGAGUACAAGAGCUACUGUGACAGUCUUGCCUACCACCCACUGAGUGCUGCAGACUUUGGAAAGAUCAUGAAGAACGUCUUUCCCAACAUGAAGGCUCGCCGCCUGGGCAUGAGAGGCAAAUCUAAAUACUGUUAUAGUGGACUGAGGAAGAAAGCUUUUGUUCACAUGCCUUCUCUGCCCAACCUGGACUUACAAAAAUCAGGCGACGGGUGUGAGUCGAUGGAGCCGUCGUCGGGCCUGUCUCCCAGUGCGGAGGAUGAGAUGCGCUCAGCGGCCUGUGGCUUGGUGUGUGAGUGGGCUCAGAAGGUCCUCAGCAGACAGUUUGAUGCCGUGGAGGACCUAUCUCGCUUCCUGCUCAACAGUCACUACAUAGGAACCAAGUCUAUGGCUGCCCUCACCAUCAUGACUGGGGCUCCCACAGGUCUGAAGACUCCCACGCCAACCUCUGCGUUCGUUCCCACGUCCGAGGCCUCGUCCUUCCAGCCGCAGGUGAAGACGCUGGCCUCUCCCUCGGUAGACGCCAAGCAGCAGCUCCAGAGGAAGAUCCAGAAGAAACAGCAGGAGCAGAAGCUCCAUUCCCCCCUGCCUGGAGAGGCCCAGGGACAGAACCAGGCCAGGAGGACCGAGGCCAGCACCCCAGGGCCAGCUAUCCCCUGUGGAAGUCCUGCCCUGCUUUCACCGCAACCUACCAUUGGUAUUGUGGUGUCAACUGUCCCCAGCCCCAUCACGGUCCAGAGGAGCAGGCAGCUGAUGACAUCCUCUAGCCCGGUGGGGUCCCCCGAGGGGAAGGUCAUGCCAACAGUUAACUUCCAGGUGGUCACCCACACCCAGUCUCUGACCCACAGACAGUCCCCUAAAACGCCCCAGAACAUCUCAGCCAGCCCCGUGGGAGACCGCCUGGCUAGGCACAGGUACCCCCAGAUCCUCCCCAAGCCCUCUGCCACGGGGGCCAUCACCCUGCGUUCGCCCCCCACCCUGCUCAUCACCAACAGCCCCAUGAAAACCCACCACGUGAUCCAGCCCCAGCUCAGCUCCCACGUCAACGUGGUCAAGAUGACCGCCAUCUCCCUGACCCCGAGCAACACUAUCAGUACCAGCAGUAACAGUAUGGUCCUCAGGCCAGCUUCAGCCUCGGCCGGGGUGGGAACCACCACCACCUUUACCACCAUCGCUGCCCUAGAGGAGGUCCAGCAACAAGGACAGAGCCAGGGAGGCCCCACAGCCACCCCACAAUGCCCUGCAGUACGGCCUGGCGCCCCAGUCUCCACAGUGGCUCCUGAGGCCAUCAUCACUGACAAUAACCCGGGCGUUAACUCUGGUAAACUGAGCACGAUACAGAAGUUCCCCGGUGGGUCCAAUCGUCCAGAGAGGGCCACUAAGUACCGAGCGUCCAGCGAACCCUCGCUCCUGGUCAUAUGCUCCCCAGGACCUGAAAGAGUUGCCGCCAGGAGCAAAAGCUACCCUUCCUCUAGCUCCCCUCCCACCUCUGCCACCAAUGCAGCGACUAUUAGGGUAGAGACCAAGCAGGACAGCAAUAACAACAGCAGCACCGCCAACUGUCCUUUUUAUCUGACUGUUGUGCCCUCGGCCAAUCAGAACACUCCUAGCGUCAGCAGAAAGUCCUCCUCGUCCAAUGGCUUAUCGGCUGUUAGCCUAUUGACUGCUAGAGACUCCUCCUCCUGUGCGUCACGUUCUAUGAGUCCUCGGAAGCGAACCGGCCCUGGUCUGGAUUCCUCCCACGUGAUCCCUGUGAAGCGUGUCUUCAUCUCCCAGCAACCUUUAGGUGUGACCUUUGACCCCAAACCAGUGGUUACCGCCGCUGUCAAGAGGGUCCCAGCCAGACAAAGCACGCCGGCCCGACCGGAGAGCGCCCCCUGUCGAGUGACGGUGAAACAACACCUAGUGCCCACGCAGAUCCUGGCGCCGUCUGACUCGCCCGUCGCGAACGCAGAGAUCUCCUCCUUCUCCUCUCAGACUGUCAGUGUGAAGCCCCAGUCCUCCUCGUUGCUGCUAGUUAAACAGGAAGACCAGUCCUCUCUAACUCCACGUCUCAGCACUGUCAGCAGUCACACCAGUAGCACUGAAGCCUCUGGGACAACCACCACCGCAGUGUCUGAGCAGCAGCAGCAGCAGCAACAACAACAGCAACAACAGCAGAAACAACAGCAACAGGCCUUACUACAGCAGAUCACAGCAGGGACAGUAGGAGCACAGCAACACGCUGAGGUCUCUGCGAUGGCAGUAGGAGCACAGCAACACUCUGUCUCUGGGAUGGCAGUAGGAGCACAGCAACACUCUGUCUCUGGGAUGGCAGUAGGAGCACAGCAACACUCUGUCUCUGGGAUGGCACUAGGAGCACAGCAACACUCUGAGGUCUCUGCGAUGGCAGUAGGAGCACAGCAACACUCUGAGGUCUCUGCGAUGGCAGUAGGAGCACAGCAACACUCUAAGGUCUCUGCGAUGGCAGUAGGAGCACAGCAACACUCUGAGGUCUCUGCGAUGGCAGUAGGAGCACAGCAACACUCUGUCUCUGGGAUGGCAGUAGGAGCACAGCAACACUCUGUCUCUGGGAUGGCAGUAGGAGCACAGCAACACUCUGUCUCUGGGAUGGCAGUAGGAGCACAGCAACACUCUGUCUCUGGGAUGGCAGUAGGAGCACAGCAACACUCUGUCUCUGGGAUGGCAGUAGGAGCACAGCAACACUCUGUCUCUGUGAUGGGGAACAUGACAAGCACAAUGUUGGAAGAGUCAGCUGCAGAAUAUGUGGAGGAGCUGCAGAAACAGGCCUUCACUCAGACUAUCGCAGCAGACCACACCAAGCAGCAGGCCCUGGGUUCUACGGACCAACACCAACUCUCCAACAUCAUGUCCCAGACCUCAGACUCCUCUGAUCAGUUAUCUGGCAUUCACCAGGAGAUGGUGGACUUUGCCUCCUCAGCCUCCCAGCACGGCUCCACCAUGGACUACUUCUCCUUUAACGAUGACGAUAUGACCCAGGACAGCAUAGUGGAGGAACUGGUUCAGAUGGAGGAACAGAUGAAGCUGAAAGGCCUCCAGCCGUUGUUCAGUAGCUGUGUGGAUAAUAUCUCUCUCCAGGGCCAGCCUGGGGGCCCCCAGGGGCCCAUCCUCAACAUUCACCACCAGGAGGACAGUUCCUCUUUCUACCAGUCUGCCCAUAGCAGCAUUACCCCUACCCUGACUCCAACCCCUACCCCCACGGAGAUGACUCUCGGUGGGCACGAGCUGACCAGAGAGAGCCCCUGUUGCCAUCACAGCAUGGCCCCUAUCACGCCCGUGGAGGGGCCUCUAGGAGGCCGACACACCCCUAUAAGCGCUCUGUCUAACUGUUCUAGCGGCAUCCCUCCCAGCCCGGUGGAGUGCAGGAACCCGUUUGCCUUCACCCCUAUCAACUCCAGCAUGGCAGGGGGUUACCACGAUGCCUCCAUGGUGUCUGUCUCCUCCAGUCCCAUCAAGCCCAUGCAGAGACCCAUGGCCACGCACCCUGAUAAGGCUAAACUGGAGUGGAUCAACAACCGCUAUAACAGUAGUGGUACUGAAGCUACUGGAGGAGUCGGAGCAGGGCCAGGGUCUGGGUUAUCCAUCUCUAACCACAGCCUUGGUGGACUCCUGCCUAGUUACCAGGAUCUAGUGGAUGACCAUUUCCGUAAGCCGCAUGCCUUCGCUGUCCCGGGCCACAGUGGCCAGUCUUUCCAGGCUCAGUCCAGACAACAGGACGGCAGCCAUUUUGGACAUCUCACCCCCAUCUCUCCGGUGCAACAACAGUUGACCAGCGUAUCGACCACACCCACCAACACGGCAAGCAAACAGGACGAGGGCUUCGCUGUGCCUGCCCCAUUGGACAGCAAGGGUGGAGCCUUGUCAUCCGGGGGUGGGGCCUUCCGUUGCCGCAGCGUCAGCCCCGCCGUGAGUCAGAUGACCUUCAGCGGUACCGUCACAACCCCCGACGCCGGCACUACCACUCGAUUGGUUGUCUCGCAGUUUAGUUCCCCCAUGACCUCACAGGAAAUACUCAUCAUUCUGUCCAACAGCCAAUCGGUGGGCGGCAACCUCCACAGCAUGGCCCAGCGCAGCCAAUCGGUGCCCUUAAACAUCAUGAUGCAGAGCGUUGUGGAGAUGCAGGGCAUCCAGGAACAGAACCAGAGUAAUGCCACUAAGAUCACCAACGUCCUCCUGAGUAAGAUGGACUCUGACGUGAACGACACUGUGAGGGGCCUGGGCAUCAACAACCUCCCUUCCAACUAUACCGCCCGCAUGAACCUCACCCAGAUGCUGGAGACCCAUUCUCAGAGUCAUACUGCCCCUGGGGGCUUCACCACUGGAGGAGAUGGAGGAGGAGGGGGGAACGUCCACCAGUCUCAGCUGCAGACUGUCAGCUCCAGCCCUGCCUCUUUCGAGCUCCAGCAGCAUGGGGGUUAUCUCACCAGUACCGGAGGAGGCGACGGGGAGAUGAGCUUCAACCAAGCACAAUCAGGUCCUGGUGGUGAGGAUGUGGACCUGGAGCUACAGCAGAUCCAGGAGCUUCAGGAGGCCUCAGGACAGCUCCAUGCCCAGCUACUACAAACCCAGGCUAGGCUGCUCCUGAGUCCCCAGCUCCUGAGGCCCCAGCUCCACACUCCCCAGGCCCAGCUCCAGAGUCCUCAUCCCCAGCUCCACAUUCCCCAGGCCCAGCUCCAGAGUCCCCACACCCAGCUCCAGAGUCCCCACACCCAGCUCCAGAGUCCCCACACCCAGCUCCAGAGUCCCCACACCCAGCUCCACAUACCCCAGCUCCAAAGUCCACACACCCAGCUCCAGAGUCCCCAGCUCCAGAGUCCCCACACCCAGCUCCAGAGUCCCCACACCCAGCUCCAGAGUCCCCACACCCAGCUCCAGAGUCCCCAGCUCCAGAUUCCCCACCCCCAGCUCCAGAGUCCCCAGCUCCAGAGUCCCCACACCCAGCUCCAGAGUCCCCAGUUCCAGAGUCCCCACACCCAGCUCCAGAGUCCCCAGCUCCAGAGUCCCCACACCCAGCUCCAGAGUCCCCACCCCCAGCUCCAGAGUCCCCAGCUCCACAUUCCCCAGGCCCAGCUCCAGAGACCCCAGCUCCAGAGUCCCCACACCCAGCUCCAGAGUCCCCAGCUCCAGAUUCCCCAAGCCGGGUUCCAACUCCUCCAGUCCAUCACCACCCAGCAGCAGCAACAACAACAGGAUGAAGAAGACAAGGCACAACAACAGCUAGACUUCAACAACACUGUUAAAGACCUGUUAGGUGACGACGGCCUCAACGUCCACGCUGAAGGCCUCAACCCUAGCUCUCAGCUGGUUGGUCAGGUGGCCUCGGAACUCAACGCCGCUGUGGCGUCCGACUUCACCAACGACAUCAGGCUGACCUCCGACCUCUCCAGUAGCAUCACAGACCUGAACACGUUGGACGCCGACCUGCUGUUCGAUCCGUCCAAUCAACAGCAAGAACAGUACGAAGACGCCACACUGGAAGAGCUGAAGAACGAUCCUCUGUUUCAGCAGAUAUGUAGUGAUACUGUGAACUCCUCGUUCGACUGGCUGGAGUGCAAAGACCAGCCUACUACCGUAGAGAUGUUGGGCUAAUGAUGUUAUUGUGUGUGAACGAAUUGAAGCUCAUUCUCUUAUAUAGUUUACUAUGGGUCUUUGUCUAUUGGCCCUAGUCAGAAGCCGUGUACAAUAUAGGGACUAGGGUGUGUCAAUUCAGAUACAGACUGGCUUAAAAUAAAUAUAUUUAUGGGGUUUAGUUUUUUUAUUGUUUUGUCAGGGGAAGAAAAAAUCGUCUGGACUCUCGGCCGUUUGUCCAGGGAAAAGUGCCAUCCUAACCUGGAAAUCUCUUUUAUUGUUAACAAAUCUGAAUCACAAAACAUUACCACUUAAUUUCACCUUCCUAUAAAAUCAUCAAUGAGUAUAUUUCAAGUGAGGGAAGAUAUGGUCUGUGAGACGUGGACUGUGAGACGUGGACUGUGAGAUGUGGUCCUUGAGACGUGGUCCUUGAGACGUGGUGUGGUCAGCGAGACGUGGACAGCGAGACGUGGUCAGCGAGACGUGGUCAGCGAGACGUGGUCUGUUUCUGAAAUGCCACCCUAGGGUUCUGAUCAAGAGUACUGCACAUAUGGAGUAGGGGUCCAUUUCAGUGGCAGACUUGUUAUUGGGGGUAGAUUUCCCAAGGUACAGUAUAAUGAACAUCACACAGUUAAACCAUAUCUUCCUAUGUUGUGUGUACUCAUUCAAUAAUGCAAUAGUUUUAUUCAGAAAUCAUCUAACACAUAGGACAUCUGGCACAAAAUCACACAAUCACAUGAUCACAUAAUCACACUCACAUAAUCACACUCACACAAUCACACUCACACAAUCACACUCACA